UCGGCCAUCAAACACCUUACCGCUACAUAAUUUUAUCUUUUUGUCUUCUUUUUUAAUCCAAUGAUUCAUUAAAAAUAAGGAAAAUUUCCUACAAAGAUUUGCAACAAAGUUACAAGGUUAAGUUCAAAAAUGUAUCGUUUGGUUCUCGUGUGGUGUUUUGUUGCCAUAGCUACAGCUGUCAAGGAAUCACCAAAAAGAGACAGUAUUCUGUCGUCCAUCGAUUCUGGUGAGAUCCACAAUUUCGAUGAAGGCAAAGGUACUCACGAACACGAGAUCCGAUCAGCCUUCCCCAUCAUGGAUGCCUUCAAAGGUCACACACUGCUCACAGCAGACGACUUGAAGGACAAGAGAGAGUAUGAUUACGGCGAUGAGAGCACUAUUGAUAAAGCAGUACGAAAUGCUCUCAGAAAACUGCACAAAAAGAAGAAAUUGUACAACGAUGCUAUCUCUAAAGCAAACCAAGAUGUAACCACUACAGCUGUUCUUCCAGCCAAGAAAAACAUCACAGCCCGGGAACUAGUGGACCAGGUGGUGAGAGAUGAACUUAAAAAACAUGGCCACAAUGAAAAAGAGUCAAACGAUAAAGCUGCUGAGGAAUUCAACGACUCCAAUAUAGGACCACCACCUUCUUCUGACGAUGAUGCGGACUCGUUCGAGAAGAAUAUUCACAAGAAGUUGGCACAGAUUUCGUCCCUUGAGAACAAACUCACAAGUCUUGUAACUGAUGUUAAGAAAUAUUUAAGAAAGAAGAAGUCUGAAGACCCCAGCAGUGAUAACUUUGGAUCACUACAAGACAAUGAUGAUGUGGAUCGUAUCUUAGCUUAUUCUGGCAACAAGAGAAACCAAAUACCCCGCAGUCACAUUGAACUAUUACAAAAGUUCCGCAAUAAUCCCGAACUAGUCGACAAGUACAUUGAUGGUAUCUUAGAUUCUAAAGACGAAAACACUGCUAACGGUGAGCAGCGGGACUUGCUACGCAAAAAAGAAACAGAAAGUGCCUUAUUACGAGAUGCCGUGCCAGGUGACAUCAAUUCUAUUCCAUUAUCAAGACUAGAGAAGGAAAGUGACGAUUACGACAACAUGGCUACAGACAGAGGAAUUGCAAGAGAUGCAUUGAUCGAGUCUCCUUUCUCCAUGCUUGAUAUCAAGAAGACCACAGGAAAGAAGUUUCGACACGAUAUCACUUGAAUAGACAUUUACAAGGGGCUGAGACAAGAACUUUUGGUCUACAUUUACUCAGCUCGCACAGACAGCCUUUAUUUCUAUAUUAAAAACCUAGUUAGUUAAUUAGUUUUGAUAAGCUUCUACGAAUGCUUCUCGAACUUAAGGCAAUAUUUACGCAACCGGCGAGAACCACAGUCUGUGGGAAAUUCAAAAUGUUACUUGCGCGAGUGGCCGUCGCAGUAAUCGUUAAAAUCGCGGUAAAUAAAAGCUGGAACAUCUCACAGAUAAGGCAAAAAAAUAUCAUGAAUUAUUCAUCAUGAAAUAAUCUGAAAAGUUUAGAACCAUCAUAUUUAAAUACUAUUUACAAAAAGAAUACUUAAACAGGAGUUCAAAGGAAGGCUUUUUUCUAGUUGAGAAUAAUUAUGUACCGUCGCAAAAGUAAUACUUUACAUUUUCAUUGCAAUAGAAAUAUUGAUUCUGUUAAUAAACAAGUUAUUUUGUACACGAAAAAAA